AUGCCUCGAUUAACUUCUGUAGCGAAAUGCGUCGCGGAUAUGACAAAGCAAGUGUCAAAUCUACCGGAGAAAUACAUCAAAAGAGCAAUGGCACAGGUAGACUGGAAGACCCCAAAGGCAAUUCAGUAUAGACAAACAGAAGUCAAGAAAACCAAGUUCCGAUUCACCACAAACCGGCCUUGGACACAGCAGUUUGCACAGCAGAACAGAGUAGGAACACGCCGUAAGAAAGUCUUUGUUGAGCCCAUUACAGACUGGUCAUUUUUCAAUGGAGACCGAGUGGAAAUUCUGGUUGGAAAGGACAAAGGAAAACAGGGCCUUGUUAAUUACGUCAUUCAGGAGAGGAACUGGGUUAUGGUUGAAGGCCUCAACUGCCAUUAUCGAACUGUCGGCAAAAAGGGUGACUAUCCAGGGAUGAUGAUCCAGAGUGAAGCUCCCCUUCUCGUGACCUCCCAAGUCGCAUUGUUGGACCCUUCAGACAACAAGCCGACAGAGGUUGAAUGGCGUUAUACUGAGGAAGGGGACAAGGUGAGAGUCUCGAUGCGGACAGGAAGGAUCAUCCCAAUCCCAAAGCUUGCAGAGGAAACAAAAGACUAUAAGACCAAAAAGACUUAUCUUGAGCAAGAGAAGGACACAACUGAAGAUGAUCUUACAAGGAUAACAUAUGAGCCAGUUUUGAAGACAUUUGAAAUGGACAUAGCCAAAAAAAUGGGCAUAGAAGAAGACAGAGUACCAUGGAAAACAUAUUGGUACUAGAUUUAAAAUAUGAUAUGGAUAUGAUAGCAGAAAGAGCUGUACAUGUAAUACUUCAUUUCUGAAGAUUGUAUAAAUGUAAAUGGUAUAUAAUACAGUUAGUCCAAAAGAUA